AGCACUGAAUCGAAACUUGCAUAGAACGCACAGAAUGUAGUUGCAUUUCCGCCGAAAUCUUCCAAGAUUACCCGGUCCAGUGACGGAGAAUAGGUGAGGUUGCCAUCUGUUUUUUCGGGAAACAUCAGAGAAAUGUAGCAGAUUGUGGAUGCAAAGAGUUCAAAUUUGUCCCUGUGACGAAAAACGAGACAGCCAAUCAGACUUCUCCAGGCUGUAGAUGACAGAGAAGAUGACUGCGAGCACAGCCAACUACCUGUGGUCUUUGGGAGAUGUGCUUGGUCAGGGGGCCACAGCCAGUGUCUACAAGGCCCGCAACAAGAGGACAGGGGAGCAGGUUGCGGUGAAGGUGUUUAACCCUUUGAGCUACAGCCGUCCGUACGAGGUUCAGAUGAGAGAGUUUGAAAUGCUCAGGAGACUCAACCACAACAACAUCGUCAAGCUCUUCUCUGUGGAGGAGCUGAGCAAUAAACAAAAGGUGUUGGUGAUGGAGUAUUGUUCAGGAGGCAGUCUGCUCAGUCUGCUGGAAGAGCCAGAGAACACCUUCGGUCUGCCUGAGACAGAGUUCCUCAUUGUACUACAGUGUGUGGUGCAAGGGAUGAACCAUCUGCGUGAGAACGGGGUGGUGCACCGGGACAUUAAGCCUGGGAACAUCAUGCGUCAGGUGGGAGAGGACGGGAGGUCUGUCUAUAAGCUAACAGACUUCGGAGCAGCCAGAAAACUAGAGAAUGAAGAGACGUUUGUCUCCAUCUACGGAACAGAGGAAUACCUGCACCCAGACAUGUAUGAGCGUGCAGUACUGCGUAGGCCCCAGCACAAGGCCUAUGGUGUGAGUGUUGACCUGUGGAGUAUUGGAGUGACGUUUUACCACGCUGCCGCUGGUUCUUUACCCUUCACACCCUACGGAGGACCCCGCAGGAACAAACCCACCAUGUUUAAGAUCACCAAAGAGAAGCCAGUAGGGGCCAUUGCUGGAGUUCAGAAGGUCAACGACGGACUUAUAGAGUGGAGCUACCAGCUACCAAACAGCUGCCUGCUCUCAAAGGGUCUGAGGUGUCAGCUAGUCCCAGUGUUAGCUGGGAUACUGGAGGCAGACCAGGAGAAGUGUUGGACAUUCGACCAGUUCUUUUCUGCCACCACAGAGAUACUACAGAGAGUCUCGGUCUAUCUGUUCUCCCUGCAACAGGCCACAGCUCACCGCUUAUACAUUCACCACUACAACACGGCGGCCAUCUUCUGUGAGGAAGUGGCGUCUCAGACAGGGGUGGGGCUGGAGCAACAGCACUUCCUGUUCCUGGGACAUGACCUUUCCCUGAAGGGCUCUAUGAAGGUGGUCAACUUCCCCUCCACCUCGCCCUCCCAGCCGCUACUUCUGCUUAGUCGCACUCCAGAGACACACGCUGGCCUCCCCUUCAGAGAACCUGAGAUGCCCAACAUCCCAUCCCGGUUUGACAUUAUGGCAGACUAUUCUUUCUCCAAGUUGAUAGUAGGAGUGGUCUAUCAGUACCUGAGGAUAGUGCGUUCCUUACACACACACAGAGAACUGUUCCUACAUGGAUACUACAGCUACAUGGAGAAGGUGGGUAGGGAGUGUGGUGACUCGCUGCUGACUAUCAGCAUGGUCAACAUGAGACUGCACUCCUGCCUCAGUUCUGAGCACAGAGUACACACCCUAAGACAGUUCCCCCUGCAAGCCCCAGACUCCACUGACGACAGCAAGAAGCUGCGACUGAUCAGGGAGAACCUGCCAGUGUACGCCGGAGCGAUCCGGGAAUUCCAGACCCGUCUAGAACACAUGCAUGUAGAACUGGCCAAACACUCUGAGAAUCUGGCUGAGGACAACAGCAUCCAGAAGAUGGAGUUCCUCCUGGAGAAGAUCAUGGCCAUCCACCAACAGUACCGCAAGGACCGACUGACUGGAAAGCUUGCCUACAAUGAUGAGCAGAUACACAAGUUUGAGAAGAUCCACCUGUCGUCCCAUAUAAAGCGUGUGAAGGUUCUGUUUAGAGAGGAAUGUCUACAGAAAUAUCGAGACCUGCUGGACUCCGCAUCGACCUGGAGCAGUGUUCUCCGUGAGAUGCAGUGCAGGCUGUCAGACUUUGGCAAUUUCUCCCGAGGGCUGAUGGGGGACCUGGAGAUGUGUGAGGAGCGCCAGAACAAGUUCCUGGACAGAGUCCUGCUCAGAGUCCAGCCUGGACAGACAGGCCCAGGGUGUCAGGAGGCCACACCCAGGGACAAGGACCACAUGGUCCUCAGGAUGCAACAGCUAAAGGAGGAGAUGGAGAUAGUGGUGAGAGAGUUGCAAUCCAACAACAACAUCAUUGAGAGUCUGGGAGCUGUAACCUCUGCAACUAUGCUGGAGCCUGAUCUACCCAGACCCAUCGGACUGUGACCAGACAACCACACACACACACUCAGACAGACAGACAGAUUAACAGACAGACAGACAGACAGACAGAUGAACAGACAGACAGACAGACAGACAGACAGACAGACAGACAGACAGACAGACAGACAGACAG